CAAGAAUCUGCUGCAGAGCUUCAGCUCAAACUCACGGCUUCUAAUGAGCGUCUCAGUCUGUUCACAGUUCAUUUAGUCCUUAUUUAUAACACUAAAAUAUGUUCUGUAAAAAUAUUGUGGCUGAAUUAUGAGAAUUUGAUGUUUUCAUGAAUUUUUGUGUUUUUAAGCCUCAAAAAUAAACCUUCAGAGUUUCCAUCAGAUUAAAAUGUUUAAAUGGAUCCAACAGACGACGCGUUUUUAAUUAUUUGACCUGAAUAAUGGAAAAGAGUUCAACAUUUUUCUGAAAUGAAUCAAGAACUGUUCAAAACACUUUAAAAUAUGUCCAAAAUGUCCCAAACUACUCCAAAGUACUCCAAAAAGACUUUAAAUCUGUCCAGAAUUACCAAAAUUGUCUUAAAAGGACUCAUAAUAUCAUUUUGAUGAGUCUGAAUGUCUAAAAACUGAAACUUAGUCUGGUCAAACUUUAACUCAUCAGGUUCUACUGAUGUUAGAGCCUCAACAGUUGGAGAAAUGUGGACCAAAGACUGGAUUUUAGUAGAAACAUGGAUCCAUCCAUAGAUAUACACUUACAGGAACUUUUUCCGUUUGGAUCCUUUUAAACAUUUUAAUCUGAUAGAAACUGUUCUGUCUGUUCUCACCACAUUUCACGGCUGCUGGAGUUUUAUUACUGCAGAUACUGAACCUUUAAAUGGCUUCUCAGGUAAGAAGUUUUUUUGAGGGUGAAAAUACAAAGAUUUCCAGGUGGGAAAACAGAUAAAAUUCUCCAAAUUCAGCCAAAAGAUUUUGCUAAUGGCUCCAAAAUAACACACAGGUGAACAAAAUAUGAGAUACUGACUGACCCAGAAGUCUUUUUAUCAGGUGAUAUUCGUGGUUUUGCUCUAACGUCUGAUGAAGCAGCAGCUCCAAGGGUUCCUCAUUCAGCAGCGAGGACUCCUUCUGUUAAUGGAAAUCUCCUUGACUCGUCCUCAGCUCUCGUCCACUCCUCUGCAGAUCCUCUUCUACCUCAACAGCUGGUACUUCGCCGCCUUCUACCUGGCAGAGAUCCUCAUGUUCAUCUACAAAGGCGUCCUGCUGCCGUAUCCGUCAGAUAAUCUGGUUCUGGAUGUGGUUCUGCUGCUGCUGUUCCUCGCUCUGGAAACCCUCCGGAUCUUUUACGGCUGGAAGGGGAACCUCUGUGAACGUUCUCUGGCCUCCUGCGUUUCCAUCUUCAUUCUGUUUCCAUGCGCUGCUCUGGCCGUCUACUACCUGCUGCUGCAGACCUUCGUCCUGCGGCUGGAGUUCAUCCUCAGCUCCGUCCUGCUCGCCUUCUACAGCCUGGAGUUGCUGCUCGGCCUGCUCUCCAUAUCAGCCUUCUCCAGGUCUAAAGUGUACUGAGGAGGAGGAAACUGGAAACAGGACGGAUCGUGUAAAUAGAAUUCUCCUAAAACAUCUAAAUGUGGUUCAUAUUUUUCUAUCACAGCUUUUUUUUUUACUGAGAAUGUAUAAACCUUGAGAUAAAAGUGUUUUUGUAAAUAAACUUUAAUAAAAGUGAAAUAAAACAUC